AUGAAGUUCACUCUGGGCCUGGGGUCGAGGGCGUGGAGAGUGUCCUGGGAACCCGCGGCUGCUGCGGCUGCGGCGGGCCGGGGGGCGAGCGGCGGCGCGCUCGGCGGCGGCGCAAGGCGCGUCUCCAGCCCGCGCCCAGGCCGCCGCGGCUCUCGGCUUGCGCGCGCCCUCCCUCUAUGCCUCUCCAGCGGCGGCGGCGCCCGAGCUCUCCCGGACUGCGCUGGGCCCAGCCCCCGCCGUCCCAGCGCCAGGCAGCCGGCUGGCCAGCACGCCAUGGAGCAGACUUACGGCGAAGUGAACCAGCUGGGCGGCGUGUUCGUCAACGGCCGCCCCCUGCCCAACGCCAUCCGCUUGCGCAUCGUGGAACUGGCGCAACUGGGCAUCCGACCCUGUGACAUCAGCCGGCAGCUGCGUGUAUCCCACGGCUGCGUGAGCAAAAUCCUGGCGCGCUACAACGAGACAGGCUCCAUCCUGCCCGGAGCCAUCGGGGGCAGCAAACCUCGCGUCACCACCCCCAACGUGGUCAAGCAUAUCCGGGACUACAAGCAGGGAGACCCCGGGAUCUUUGCUUGGGAGAUCCGCGACCGCCUGCUGGCCGAUGGCGUCUGCGACAAGUACAACGUGCCCUCGGUGAGUUCCAUCAGCCGCAUCCUGCGAAACAAGAUCGGCAGCCUAGCGCAGCCCGGGCCUUACGAGGCGAGCAAGCAGCCGCCGCCGCAGCCGGCGCUGCCCUACAACCACAUCUACCAGUACCCUUACCCCAGCCCCGUGUCACCCACUGGCGCCAAAAUGGGCAGCCACUCCGGAGUCCCGGGCUCGGCGGGCCACGUCAGCAUCCCCCGCUCGUGGCCCUCGGCGCACUCGGUCAGCAACAUCUUGGGCAUCCGGACGUUUAUGGAGCAAACAGGGGCCCUGGCCGGGAGCGAAGGCGCCGCCUACUCCCCCAAGAUGGAAGACUGGGCCGGCGUGAAUCGUACCGCCUUCCCGGCCACCCAAGCAGUGAAUGGGCUCGAGAAACCUGCCUUGGAGGCGGAUAUUAAAUACCCUCAGUCGGCCUCGAGCCUCUCCGCGGUGGGCAGCUUCCUCCCGGCCUGCGCCUACCCGGCCUCCAACCAGCACGGCGUGUAUAGCGCGCCGGGUGGCGGCUACCUCGCCCCGGGCCCGCCUUGGCCGCCCGCACAAGGCCCCCCGCUCGCACCCCCCGGGGCCAGUGUGGCCGUGCACGGCGGGGAGCUCGCUGCAGCCUUGACAUUCAAGCAUCCCAGCCGAGAAGCCGCCGACCGGAAGCCGCCCAGCCCGGGCGCCAAGACCCCCGACGCCCUCGGGAGCUUACACGGACUGCCCAUCCCGGCCUCCACCUCCUAG